CUAGCCAACACGACUAACACAUUCAUAGUCAACUUAGCUAUAGCUGAUCUGGCGUUUUUAAUUUUCUGCGUGCCUUUUCACGCCGUGGUUUAUAGUACAGAUAGCUGGCCUUUUGGCAGUUUUACUUGCAAAUUCGUUCAUUUUUUGCAGUUUUCAAGUAUGGCGGCCAGUAUAUGGACCCUAGCUGUCAUGUCCCUAGAUCGAUUCUUAGCUGUCGGCUAUCCAGUUCAGACUAAACAUUUGAGGAAGCCGAAAAUUGCGCUGGCUGUUAGCGGAGUCGUUUGGUUUUUUGCUUUUUUGUUAGCUAUUCCUGUCUGCGGGGUUUUUACCCAACAAUUCUCUCUUGGCUUCAUAACAAUAUGUGCUGAACAGUGGCUAUCUCAAAACUCCGCCAAAAUAUACUACCUUACGCUACUAACUCUAGCUUAUCUAGCUCCGCUAUCGACUAUAGCUAUAAUGAGCGGUUUUACUAUCAGCUAUCUCUGGCGUAGCUCUUUUGACAUGGGCUUAGAUCAGAAUAGCCGAUCGAAUAAAGCUAAGAAGCGCGGCACUAAGCUGAUAAUAGCUGUUGUUGUUGUCUUCGCCAUUUGCUGGCUCCCCGCUCAUGUUAUUUGGGUUUGGAGUCACGUUUUUAGCGAGAUU